CCACAAUGUAGACCCCUUUGGGCCAGAGUUCAAGCUUUCCCCCGGCAUUUCGCGCCCUUCCGAUCAUCCAGAACACGUUGCGCCAGAUAAUUGCGAGCGUAAACAGUCAUACUCGGAGUCGGUCCGCGAAGUCUCGGUGGACCAGUCCGUUUCGCGGUCGUCCAGUGUCCCCGAGCACAUCGCUAGCCUGCCGGAAAUCCCGUAAUUGCCCCACAGGUCUGUCGCUCUCGAACAGUGGGUGCUAACAUAGCAGGUGUAUGCAGAUUCCGUUAUCAUGUCACCCUCCAGGCGCCGACCGCCAUGUUCGACCACACGCGCGAAAUCCCCAUGACCUACCUCAAUAAAUCCCAAGUGUAUUCCAUCACCGUCACCGAUUUGCGCCCGCCGGCGGCGCGCUCCCAGUCGGCCCAAUAUCGCACCAGUAUCGGAAUCUCCUUCGAAGAAGCCGCGCACCGAUCCCAUCCGGCCACCUGCUGGCAGCUCUGGCACGACGCUCGGGGCGGGAGUGACGCCCAGCGACGCAGCGGUCGCCCGUGCGCGGUGGAAUUUGUGGCGCUCAAGGGGCACGGGCGCCCGACGCAGGAUCUCGCAUGGCACCUCGAAAGCGCCUCGUUCAACCGGUUUUGCGUCGCGUGGACGACCGGCGCCGAUGCGCGCGCGUCGGAGUGUCAGAUUCUCGUUCGCUUUCACUUCCUGUCCACGGACUUCACCCAGUCCAAGGGGGUGAAGGGAGUGCCGGUGCGAUUAUGCGCCAAGACGGAAAUGGUUUCCGCGGGGGAGUCCCCUGGGGAAGUUGGUCCGGCUGAGGUUUGUUACUGCCGCGUCAAAGUCUUCCGGGAUCACGGCGCCGAACGCAAGUUGUCCAAUGAUAUCGCCCACAUCCAGAAGUCAAUUCACCGCGUGGAAAAACAGAUCGCCCGGGCGGACUACACGGGGGUUCCGGGCAAGAAGCACAAACGCCGGCACGUCCUGCAUGACCCCACGGGAUCGACGAGUCGCUCCUCCAGCGUGUCGACCCCGGGCGACCUGUACAAGGUGCUGUUCGAUCUCCAACAGCGGUUUUCCUCUCCCCUUCCGAUGAGCGUCCUUUCACUUGCGGGGAAUGAGCACGACGACCCCGACCAGUUCGCAACCACUUUGACCGUCGAAAACAAUUCUCUCACACCGCCAGAUGCAACCGACACCCGUUCUGAUGACGGUCCGACCGAUAACGGGUCGCGUGGCCAUUCUCCCUUCCAGGCGUGGCCCGGUCCCCCUUCUACGAAGGUCGCUCCCAGCGACCUGCAGCCCGGUGAGCUUUGUUCCUUGCAAUCCUUAGUCGACCGACGCGCUGACUUCCCUGCAGUGGCGUGCUUUUAUAUUAAAAUCGCGAAUGACGAGGAUCCGAACGACCAUUAUCGUGCGGCAUAUCUCAACGCGAGGACGGUCCGUGAUCUGUCAUGGCAAGUCUGCAAGCAUGCGAAGGUGGACCCCAGUUCCAUCGUUCGCGUGGUCCAUCUCAAACGGACGGGAUUAUCGAUCUUAGUCGAUGAUGAUGUCGUCCAGCAUAUCCCCGAGGGGCAAGACAUGAUUGCGAACUUCGAAGAGAUCCCCACAUCAUCCGGUGACGCUCCAGGGCGAUCUCGCUUCGAGGUUCAGUUGAGUUAUUGAAAGUCACUGAUAUAAUCGAGCCAUCACGGGAACCAUUUCUCCGUAGAAUUCUCAACCGUAACUGACACCGGCCUCUUCCAUCUACUCUUGAGGACGCAGUAUCUUGCGUAUGACUUCCUGUAGAUACAACGAUGUUGGUUUCUCGUC